AUGACUGCCGUCCUGCUGGCUCCAAGCACUACAACUACGGGACUUAAGCAUCAUCUUGGGAAUAUUGGCUGCAGGCCCGGCGGCGCAUCAACCCGUAAUAUAGGAUCCACCGGAGACGAGGAAAAGCUGUUGCUAAGGAUACGUGCGGACACAGAGCAGGCUCAUCGAGAUUUAUUGACUGGAUCGCCAGGGUUGGCUAUGUCACAGACGCGCGGGAGAGGGAAGACAUCCGUUACCGCGAAACUUCCCUCCUCGGCGGUUAAAGAAAAUGCGGUGGGGAGGAACGGAAUAAAUGGGUCGACAGUCAAGAGGAAAGCGAUUGAUUACGAUGAGGAUGUUGAGGGCUUCCAGUUCACUCGUGCUGGCAAUAUAAAAAAACCUAAACAGACCAACGGAGCGCUGUCAAAUGGAGCUUCAGAAGGUAGUUCAACACCUGAAAUGAGCAAUGCCACUUCCACCAUACGACAGAAGAAAAGGCUGGUCACGUCGCGAAAACCGAACGAUAUUAUUGAACCCUCGUCAGAGUCCCUUGAUAAUAGAUCUGCGAGACCAAAAGCAAAACGGUCGGUCCAAGAGAGCAUUGAACCAAUGACUCAGAAACAAACAAAGUCUCUCAAGAAAAUUCAGACACCAGAUCCCGGACCUAUACAUGUAGCUAAGAAACGAAAACCUGGAAAUACCAAAGAUUCGGGACUCAAAACACGGCAAAAAGAAAGCAAGGAGGUGAUCCACAGUACGCCGGAAGAUAUACAAAAUGCCGGUACAAAAAUUGCAUUGCCAUUUGCGGAUACGCCAGUCAUUCAGAGAAAUAAGGAUAUGAGGAAAGAGAAAAGCCGCAAAGGUCAAAGGCGAAGCAGCCUGAGUCUCCGCGGUCGUAGAGCGAGCUCCUUGAUAGACAGUGGAGUAUCAAAUGCUUUACCACAUGAUAAAGUGGAUACUUCGCAUUUCUAUAAACAUAUAGCUAGCGAGGGUCUUCCUGAGCCGCGGCGAAUGAGACAGUUGCUCACUUGGUGUGCUACCAGGGCUCUUGGUGAGAAACCGACGGGAUCACGGUCGGAAGACGAAAGUGCAAGACUGGCUGCCCGUGUCAUACAAGAAGAGCUUCUCAAAGAUUUCGGAGAUAGGUCAGACUUGUCCGAUUGGUUCAGCCGGCCAGAAACAACCACUCCAGCGGUUGUUAUAAAAAAACCGAACCCAAGAAAUAUACAAAACGCGGAAAAGAUAAAAGAGCUAGAAGAACACAUUCGGCGGCUUCAGGCAGAGCGUCAGUCUCUGGCCGCUCUUCUACGACCUCCAUCGGUACCAACAAUCAGCACUAAACCAGAUACCCCCAAACAAUCUACAUUGACACCGCACAAUAGACCUGCGGCUUUGCCUCAUCAACCGUCAACUAUCAACCAAUCGCUCCUUGAUCCAUCACAAGCGUCAAUUUUGAAUAUCCUUAGUUCUUCACAAUCAUCACCUAAAGAAUCCUCAAAACCUACCAAACCAAGCCCUGACAUUGAUACUUCCAUAGCAUCAAUAUCAGAGCGCCUAACACGACUCUCUACUUCCCUAACACCAACUCUUGAUUCCUUCGCAGCUGGUAUCCAUAAUAUUGAGAUAUUCCGGCAAUCUGCAGACAACCUCAGCAGACACAUUUUACGAAUAUGUGCUCAAAGACUAGAGGAACGAGAUGCACUGCAAGGUAGAAAUGCCAGUGGGUCGUCGUCUGGGGGGAAGGAAAACGACAAGAGUAGUAUCCAGGAGACGGUAGCCAGCGAAAGAGAGGAUUUAAGUGACAUUCUAAGAGCUUUAAGUAGGCUUGAGAGGAGAUGA